AUGUUGCCACAUUGCUCCCUUUUGUUAUUGCUGUGUGCAGCCCAGCUGCUCUCUAGCUCCUCCGCUUUGCCCUUUGAACAGAGGGGCUUUUGGGACUUUGCCCUGGACAGUCUGGAGAACGGCGGGAUGAUGUCGAUGGUGAGGGAUCAGGAGGAAGGCUCAACCACGGAGGAGAUCCUCACUCCCGACGUUCCCAUGUGUCCAUUUGGAUGCCACUGCCAGCUUCGGGUCGUCCAGUGCUCGGACCUCGGUUUGACAGAGGUGCCCAGGAAUAUUCCUCCAGACACCAAGUUUCUGGACUUGCAGAACAACCGUAUCACUGAGCUAAAAGAAAAUGACUUCAAAGGCCUUACUAACUUAUAUGCACUCUCUGUGAGGAAUAACAAGAUUUCCAAAGUCCAUCCCAAAACUUUUGCCCCUUUGAAGCACAUGCAGAAGCUCUACUUUUCAAAGAAUCUGCUGGCCGCCGUCCCCAAAAACCUGCCUGCCUCUCUGGUUGAGCUGAGGAUUCACGAGAACCGCAUCAAGAAGGUGGCAGCUGGAACCUUCUCAGGACUGGGCAACAUGCAUUGCAUAGAAAUGGGAGCAAACCCUAUCCAGAACAGUGGUUUUGAGCCUGGAGCCUUUAAAGGACUGAAAUUAAAUUAUCUGCGUAUAUCAGAGGCCAAGCUAACUGGAGUGCCUAAAGAUCUUCCAGACAGUCUUCAUGAGCUUCAUCUGGACCACAAUCAGAUCCAGGCUGUGGAACUGGAGGACCUGAGCCGCUACAGAAACGUCCAGAGAUUGGGUCUUGGCUUUAACCAUAUCCGCAAUAUAGAGAAUGGCAGCCUGUCAUUUUUGCCCAUGCUGAGGGAGCUGCAUCUGGACAACAACCGGCUCACACGCGUUCCCCAAGGCCUUCCGAAUAUGAAGUACCUACAGGUGGUGUACCUCCACUCCAACAACAUCAGUCAGGUGGGCGUGGACGACUUCUGCCCCCGAGGGUUCGGGAUGAAGAGGACGUACUAUAACGGCAUCAGCCUGUUUGAAAACCCUGUGAACUACUGGGAGGUGCAGCCGGCAACAUUCCGCUGUGUGAAUGACCGGUUUGCCAUUCAGUUCGGAAAUUACAAAAAAUAAUACCAACGGAAAUGCUUGGCAACACAAAGAAUGAGGCCAAAGUGUUGAGGAAAAAAUGAAUAGAAGAAACAUGAUUAAAAUAAUGUCUAAAAAGAAAACAACACUUGAGAUGUCACGAAAGGAAACUAUGUCUGAGAUUAUUGAGUUUAUAAUUGUUACGUUUGAGGUGAAAUCGAGUAAUGGAGGAGAUGGGUAAUAAACGUACGGAGUAGACAGCAAAGUGAAAUACAUAAUCCCAGAACUUGAAGUAGGUGGAUAGAAGAAUAUGUGCAGAACUGCAACCAGCUUUGCAUUUUCAGCUUGCAGUUUUGAAGCUAUUUUCCAUCUAAGUCAGUGUGAAGAGUGCUGAAACCUUGUGAAACCUUUCAGUACAUCAAUCUUUACAAUAGUUGUUAUUGUGACUGAGCUUCUACUGCUAUUUUCUGUGGUAAGGAAUAUAAGUAAAACAUUGAUAAGUAGUGCAUUUUUGAAUGUUUAUAUACAGUAUAUAUCUAUAUAUGUAUAGAUAUAUAUAGCUAUAUAUAUAGAUAGAUAUAUAUAUCUAUAUCUAUAUCUCUCUCUAUAUAUAUAAAGGUACUCUAUGUCCUCUGUGUGCUGAUUUGUAAAAAAACAACAACAAACAAACAACAAAACCAAAGUUUGUCCCCAUUUUAGUUAAUUCACUGAUUUAACGUAUUUUGGUCAUAAACUCUGUGAUUCUGACAUAUGAAGUUAGAAAGUCAGAGUAGUUUUACUCCAUCUCCUAGACCCAGAGAUAAAAAAAAAUAAUAAUCAGAAGGAAAAUCCUUUUAAAGCACCUUACUGAAAUAUUUUAUACAGAUUUCUUACUGAAUUCAUUCUGUGCCUUUUAUUAAAUAUAGUCAGGGCCUAUCCCACACUCAAUAAAUACAUCCGCUUGCUUUAAGACAAUGAAGGUAGUGUGUUCACAAAGUGCAAGAAACAGUAGUAGUGAUAAAGCAUUGUUUUGCACAGAUUUUCUUAUAUGCUUUAUUUGCUUCAGGGUACAGUAUGGAGGAGUGGGGGGUUGGGGCAGCGGGUGGAGGGUUUGGGGGGAGGUGGGCGGUGAAGUAGCAUGUUUACAAUAGUACCCCUAUGUGCAACUACUUUAGCUAUAAGUAUUAUGUCCUGUCUCUAUUCUUUAAUCUGACAACCUACUGCUGCAUGUGAAUAAAGGCAUUUUUAGCCUGCUGCAUACAGCAAGAAAACCUCCCAACAAACUGGUGGCCCUGGGUUGAAUGGUGUGUCUGGAAUAAAGAAGAAAAUAAAAAAAGGAAAAUACAUCUUGAAUGAAAUCAAACUUUGUAAAGUUAAUAAAUAAAUAUUAAGAAAUAUUCUCCACAUUUGAACACUGAUGUGUAUUAUAGCUGCAUUUUAUGGCCCCUGGAUAUUCAUUGGAUACAAUCUUGACUUAAAGAGGGCUGAAUGCUUUUUGAACGUUCUCACCACACCACUGUGCACAAUUGUGAACUGAAAGAAUAAAAUGCUGAAUUUAAUUUAAGAAAAUGUUUACUUUAUAGAUUGUAGAUUGCCCCUCCUUACUAUAAUAUCUGAAAUAAAAUCUCAUGCAACCAUUUUCUCAGAAGUCACCUAAUUAGAGUCAACCUGUUAUGUGAAGGCCUCAGAGGUUUGUGAAAGAACAGUGAUGAGUGAACAGUAAAACAACUAUACAGGAAUUUGAAGCAUUUUAAACGGCUUUGAUUAUUUCACUAUGUAUAAUCCAAUAUUACAGCACAACCACAAAGCCUAGAACAGUGUUUCUUAAUUCCAGUCCUCAGGCUGGAAUUAACAGAGGUAUGUUUUAGACAUGCCUCUAUUCCAGAACAGCUGAUCUAAAUGAUUCCAUGACCUGUUCUGCAGCCAUCAAGAACUGCAGAUGUCUGUUAAUCACCCACAGAUUCAAUCUAGGUGUGUGGCAGAAGGGGAACACCUAAAACAUGCAGGGUAGGGGGGCCUGAGGACCGGAAUUGAGAAACACUGGCCUAGAAGGACAUAAACAUCAACCUACACUGACAGAUCAGAGCUGUAUCUGUCAGGGUCCUGUGUUGUUGAGUUGUUUCAGGGUUUGUUUAUAAUGU